ACUCUCUCUCCUAGUUUUUCUACAUGCCCCUACUAUGUUAAAAUAUCGUGCCCAGAGCCCGUGCAGAGAACAUUUCAUGAUUUCAAUAGGGAGGGAGUAUUUGUUUUGUUUUUAGUUGCUUGCAAGAAUGUUUUAUGAUUUUAUCGAGCUCUUGUAAUUCCUUGUGCAAUACUCCUUCAAAUAAGCAAAUUCACAAAUCUCAAGAAAUUCAAUUCUCUGUCGGGGACACCAUAGUUAAUCUUGAUCUGUGUGUUUCACAAACUUAUCUGAGCUUCAGAAUCCCAAACCCUAGCUCCCAAAUUUUGGUAUAUGCUAGUAUCGGAAAGAUCUAAGUUAUAGUUACAGAUCAGAUAAUUUGAUCUCUACAUUCAAUGGCAGAUCAAGAGGGUGAGGAAUUGGAGAUGGCGUUGAGGAUGAGUUUGCAGAACGAGUCACCGGAGCCGAAGAGGAGCAAGCCGGGAGAAAUAUCCGUUUGUGGAGAAGAAGAGGAGUCGCAGGCGGUGAGGAACCGCCGGAAGCAACGGGAGUUGAUGGCCGCAGCUGCGGAAAAGCGGAUGAUUGCCUCAAAGCAUGCGGCUGCAUCCGUGUCAGCUACAGUAAUUGGGAAUGCGGAAAAGAGAGGGGAGACGUCUGCUACACAAGAGAAAACAGACAACUCAAGUUCUGGAUUAAAUGAUGCUCUUAAUUUGGUAGGAUAUGACCAUAAAAAUGUGAGCUUGGGAAACGAGUUGUCAGUUGCGGAGGCUGAGAAGUUAUUCUCAUUGAUAUUCGGCAGAAAUGUCACUAGAGAUGUACUCGGGCAGUGGACUAACCAGGGCAUCAGGUUCAGUCCUGACCUAGAAACAUCUAUGGGCUUAGUGCAACAUGAAGGUGGACCAUGUGGUGUAUUGGCCACAAUUCAAGCUUUUCUUCUAAAAUACCUUAUAUUUUGCCCUGGGGAAUUAAAUACUGGAACACCAAACAUAUCUGCGAAUACAGGCUUGAGAGGAUUCUCCAAACAUGAAUAUGCAGGUGAUGAGAUUUUCUCUUCUCUUACUGAAGACAAGAAAUCAAUAGCAUUGGUGAAAAGUAUGGCCGAUAUAUUGUUUUUAUGUGGAACAAAUGGAAGGGCAUCUAUAGCAUCUUUGAGAAUUCUUGAUAGGGACCUUGAAGGCUCUGUUGACAGCUCAAAUGAUGAGGGCAUUGCAAAAGCACUUGAUGGUCUUACAAUUGAAUCGGGCCUGGACUUUCACAACAUUCUGAGUGUUACUGAAUACACUUCACAAGCAAGUGCCCUUAAUAGGAUUGAAGCCAUGCUUCCUGUAUACCGAAGUCGUAUGGGAGCAAUGCUGUUUCUAAUAUCUGCUUUGCUUUCUCGUGGAGUGGAUUCUGUUCAGGCCGACAGGGAUGAUCCGACACAACCAUUGGUCACUGCUCCUUUUGGACAUGCUUCUCAGGAAAUUGUAAACCUUUUGCUAUGUGGAAAGGCUGUGGCAAAUGUGUUUGAUGGAAUGAUGGACUUGGGUGGUGGAAUGUUUGUGAAGGGGAUAUCAAACCCCGUUGAAAUAGGAUUCCUUACUCUGCUCGAGUCCUUAAACUACUGUAAGGUUGGCCAGUAUUUAAAGUGUCCCAGAUGGCCAAUUUGGGUUGUUGGAAGUGAAUCUCAUUAUACGGUCCUAUUUGCUCUGGACACCAAAGUUCAAGAAGAGAAUGAACUUGAAGGCAGAGAAGUACAGAUCCGAAGAGCAUUUGAUGCACAUGAUCAAAGUGGUGGUGGUGGAUUCAUUAGUGUGGAAGGCUUCCAUCAAGUCCUUAGGGACACUAAUAUUAAUCUCCCAGCUGAGAAGCUUGAAAACCUUAGCUCUAGUGGAUUCAUCGUGUGGAGCGAUUUUUGGCAGGUUCUUUUGGAUCUAGACAAGAGCCUGGGAGGGUUUAAAGAUUCAAGUGGCUUACUGGGGGGAAGGGUCUUUGAUCUUUACCACUUCAAUGGAAUCGCAAAAUCAAUUCUGAGCGGGAACCAGGCAUCAUCUGGAAGUGAAGUUCCCGUACAAAGACCAAGAUUGACUAAGUUAAGGGUUUUAGUUCCCCCAAAGUGGACCCCGGAGGAAUUCAUGUCAGAUGCUCCAGCACGGCCUGACUCUACUAAAGUUGAUUCAGGGGAAAUAAAGGACACCAUCACUGAAGCGUCUAAACCUGAAGUUUCUCAGCAUGCUCCUUUAGUUGACUGUAUUCGGACACGUUGGGCCCGUGCCACUUGUAGUUGGGAAGGCGAUGCACCCAGUAUAGUCUGAUUGGUAAAUUUGGGGAACCUCAUGACUCUGGAAGCAAGUGAACACACUGCAAUUGUAAGAUAAUUUUCAGCCAAGUUGAUAGUUCUGAGUCGAGGGUGUCUUGCACAUUUCCACCCAAAGGAAAAAAUGUGACGUCUGUUUCACAUUGUACUUGUGUAAUUUAUGCGUACCAUUUGAUUUGAAGUCGUGUUCUGAGGGAAGAGGGUUUCAGUCUUCCGGUUAUAUUUUCCGAUCCAGGGAAUGGGUUAAUUUCCCUUGGAUGUUUUUUUUCUGUAAUUUUUUUCCGCACAGGUUUUAUUGAGUUGGCUAUAUAGGCUUUAUUGUUGUAACUGUAUAACCUUCCUUAUCUCAAGGGGAAAUGUAAUGAUUUGAAAGUUGCACAGUUGAGAAAACAUAGGAAAGACUAAGAUUUGGAAUUUGGAGCAAGGAAUGCACUCAAAAAACACACU